AAACGGAAAAUCCACCAUUACUCUUUUCUAAAUUCCUUCAAACUUCAAAGGAUCUUUGCUCAACUCCGAAACCCAAAUUUCGAUCUCCACAAAUCCCCUUCACACUCCUCGAUACAUCACAAUUCGAAAGUCAGUUGAUUGAGCUUGCUGGGUUUGAUUGAAGGGUUUUUCUUCAAAAUCCACGAUGAGUUUUUCCUUCUCCAUCAACGCCAAAUCCCAAUCCAAUCGACUGAAAAAGCCUUCCAAUGCGGCGGCCGCCUCUCCCUCCGUCAAUUACGUCAGUGAAUUCCGCUCCGACGAGCCCCCGCCGGCGGAGGAAUCCAAAAUCAAACCGAUUGCUCCAAUCCCCAACGCGUGGCGCCCUAAUAAAAAGCUCAAAAACCUCCACACUCUCCCGCCGAUCUCCAAACCGAACGGCGAGGAUGCGGCUGUGCAAUUCGAGCUGGAUCCUGGCUCUAAUCCCGAACCCACCGAUACUUCCACGGGCUAUGGCCUAAAUCUCCGGGAACCCUCGGCCGCUGUGAGUGUUGCUCCUAAUGGUAAUUAUGAAACGAUUUCGGAUAUGGAGUUAAGGAGGCUAAGGGAGGAUUUGGGGAACUUACCGGAUGGUCCGGGGCUGGAUGAAUUCGAAGACGUUCCGGUAGAGGGGUUUGGUGCAGCGUUGCUAUCGGGGUACGGUUGGAAAGAGGGUAGAGGGAUUGGCCGCAAUGCGAAGGAGGAUGUGAAGGUUGCUGAGGUUACGAGGAAGAGAGAUAGAGGGGGAUUAGGUUUCACUGAUGAGCUUCCGGUGCCGGAGAAACAGAUUAGCACCAAUGGUAAUGCCGGUGCGAAUCCUGUGACGGCCAAUGGGAAGGCGGAGAAGAUGAAGGGGGUGAAAGAGAAGGAUACGAAAGGGUUUGUUAAAGAAAAGGAAGUUAUGAUAGUAAAUGGGAGAGAGAUGGGUAUGAAAGGUAGAAUCUUGGAGGUGAGAAAUGGUGGAGAGCUAUUAGUUGUGAGGAUGUCAAAGAGCAAUGAAAAGGUGAAAGUUCGGAGUAGGGAUGUGGUGGAGGUGGGAUCGGCGGGGGAGGAGAAGUGUAUUAGAAAAUUGAAGGAAUUGAGGGUUAAAGAGAGUGAUAUGCGUAGAGAUAAAAAUGAUAGGAAGAGUGGGGAACAGAAGGUGAAGGCAAGGAAUGAGAGAGUGGAUUGGUUGAGGAAUCAUAUCAGGGUAAGGAUUGUUAGUCAGGAAUUGAAGGGUGGGAGAUUAUACUUGAAGAAAGGGGUUGUGAUGGAUGUUGUGGGGCCGGGGGUUUGUGACAUAUCGGUUGAUGAGAGCAAGGAGUUGGUACAAGGGGUGGAUCAGGAUUUACUAGAGACUGCUCUACCAAAGCGCGGAGGACCCGUCCUUGUUUUGUGUGGUAGGCACAAGGGUGUGUAUGGUACUCUGCUAGAACGGGAUUCAGAAAAAGAGACUGGUCUGGUUAGGGAUGCUGAUACUCAUGAGCUGCUGAAUGUGAAGCUUGAGCAGGUUGCCGAGUACACAGGAGAUCCAAGCGAUAUUGGUUAUUAAGCACAGACUUCCUUAUUGUUAGCCUUGCUGGUGUAAGUGAAAUGCUUAGGUGAAGACGUGAAGUCCAAUCCUAAAUGAAAACUGGCUUGCCAGUGGAUGCAGGGAGGGGUCCUUCCACCUUCUGGAGGCUCGGCCUCUUGCACCACUGAAAGGGCUUGAUGCUUUGGUGAUGGCUCCUGUGGCCUCAAGUAAUGAUAUGGGAUCUCCAAUGGUGCCAUUUAAGAAGUGUGACUGUAUUAAGGGGUUUUCAGGCCUUCCCAUCUCAUCUUCUUUGUGAUUUUAAUGUAUGAGUCCUCAUCCAGCUCCUGAAUUUUCGACCUUGUACCAUUAUGACAUCCUCCUAUCCCCCUGAAUCUCAUUAAGCCUAUUCUCUUAUGUAACCAGUAACUCAACAACAAAACACUUGUUAGUCUAUAUCUUUUUUCCUUGUUA